GACAUGAGGAAGGCUAGGGCCAGUCCUGAUCUUCACCAUGCGGGGCUGGAUCUUAUGUUGUCUUGUGGCUUUGGCCGCAAGUCAGAGUCUUCGUUAUGAUCUGAGCUUGGAACCGAAGAAAACAUACGAGUACAAAUAUGUAGGCCUGGUGAAUUUUGGACGAGGGUUGCCGCACCUUGCCGAGUCCGGGGUAAGACUGACGUGCAAGGUGAAGAUCUUCAGUGCAUCUGCACAAACGUUCAUGCUCCAGGUUUCCGAUGUGGCCUUCGAGGAGUUCAACGGCGUCCCCGGUAAGAGCGCCUUCGUCGGGGCCCUCAAGCUGGCCGCACGCAUCUCGGCUCAGCUGGCCAAGCCCUUCAUGUUUGAGUACGCCGGGGGCCACGUGGGGAACAUUCAGGCCCCGGCGGGCACCUCCGACACCAUGGUCAACAUCGUGAGAGGAAUACUGGGAUUCUUCCAGCUCACCGUGAAGACCACCCAGAACCUGUACACCGUUGAGGAGCUGGGGCUCCACGGGCUGUGUCAGAGCCACUAUGCAGUGGAGGAGAACGCCGCCAAGGAGAUGAUCAUCACACAGGUCGUUGACAUCACUGUCUGCAAGGAGAAAGCUGUACUCUACCGCGGAAUGGCCACCGCUGUCCCAGACCAAGUGGCGAAAGAGAAAGGUGAAUCCAUCAUGGCGACGGUGAAGUACGUCCACACUGUCAAACCGACCGCGGCCGGGGGGGUGAUCACCAAGGCAACAGCCCUAGAGCAUCAGCAUUUCACCCCCUUCAACGUAAAGGGCGGCAGUUUCAAAAUGCUGGCGACGAAGGAGCUUGUCUUCAUCAGUGUGACGAACACGACUGAGGCCCUCACCUCCGGCGCCAUGGAGCCCAAGGGAAACAUUGUGUACAAGUUUGUGAACGACCAAGCGAACCUCCCCAUUAUGAUGCAGAACCUGGACAACCCCAUACCCAGGAUUGUGGAGCUGGUCAAGCGUUUGGCUGCGAAUAACAUCUACCAGGUGGACAGCGAAUCUACUGAAGACGUGAUGAGGGCCUAUCAGCUCCUCAGGGUCGUCCCCUUCGAGGGACUGGACACCAUGUGGAAGCAGUUUGCAGGAAAUGCUGAACAUAGACGCUGGUUCUUGAACCUGGUGGUGGAGGUCAAUGACGCACGCGUCCUGCGGUUUCUGGAGGUGCGCUUUAAGGCCGGAGACCUGGGCUCCAUGGAGGCCUGGCAGACCCUGGUGCUGGCCUUCAACCACCUGCAGGUCCAGCCCGAGCUGAUCGAGAUGGCCAAGGGGUUCCUGACCAUUCCAUUCAGUAAGUCGGACCAGUUUGUGUGGCACACCGUGGUGCUUUCGUAUGGAUCCCUGGUGUACAAACACUGCGCCUACUACACACCGUGCCCCGUCACUGCUGUGCAGCCUCUGUUGGACAUGGCCCUUGACGGCCUGGCGAGGGCCAGCGAGGCGGACAUGGUGCUGGCCCUGAAGGCCCUGGGCAACGCCGGACACCCCGCCAGCAUCAAGACCAUCCUGCGCUUCCUGCCCGCCGUGGCCGCCAACCCCGUGGCGCUCCCCGCACGCGUGCAGAGCGCCGCCGUGCAGGCCCUGAGGCUCGUCGCCGCCCGGGACCCCCACACGGUCCAGGAGAUCGGCCUGGGCCUGUUUCUGCAGAGGGACGUCCCGGCUGAGCUGCGCAUGCAGAUCUUGGUGAUCAUCUUCCAGACCAAGCCCCCCAUGGGACUGGUCUCCCUGCUGACCUCCCACCUGAUGGAGGAGACGGACCUGCAGGUGGCCAGCUUCGCCUACUCCUACCUGAAGAGCUCCGCCCGCUCCACCGCAUCAGACAACAGCUACUUUUCAACCACCUGCAACAUGGCUGUCAAAAUCCUGGCCCCCAAAUUCGGUCGCCUGAGCUUCCGUUUCAGCAAGGCCAUCACCUUGGACUGGUUCAGCGAUGAAUUCCUAAUGGGCACCGCCACAGAGUUCCUGAUGCUCAAGGACAAAGCAGACAUCUUCCCCGCUGAGAUGACAAUGAAAGGGAAAUACUACUUUAUCGGCAGGAUUCUGCAGCUCUUGGAGUUUGGCAUCCGACCUGAAGGGAUCAAGGAGCUGUUUGGCGCCGACAUUCCUGGAUUCACUGGCGACUUGGGUUUGACUGACUUACAGGCGGUUCUUAAAGUGAUCCAAGGCUGGGAGAAGCUACCAAGUGAUAAGCCACUAAUGACAUUUUUCUCACGAGCCUCUGGUCAAGAAUGGUUCUUUGCUGAUUUUAAAAAAGAGGUUGUCCAGAGUUUGAUCAAGGCAUUCAGCCCCACUGCUUUUAAAGACAGUCCUAUCUUGGGAAUCAUUGACGACCUCAAGAAAGGUUACUCAUCGCAUAUGACCAAGGCUUUCCUGAUCUUCGAGACCCGCUACUUCCAAGCCAGCACCUUGGGCCUCCCCAUAGAGAUCAGCAAAUACUACGAAUCAGUCAACGCCAUCACAGCUAAUGUCAAGGCGGCAGUAAGCCCACCAGUGACGGACCAUCUCGGACAACUCCUGACGGCCGACAUUUCUCUGGAGACGGACGGUUUCAUCGGUUGUUCCAAAGACUUAUGGAUGUUCCACGGGAUCAACACCGAGCUGUUCCAGUUCGGUACAGAGCUCAAGACCAAAGCCCCAACCUCCAUCCCAUGGAAGUUCUCCGCCAAAAUGAACAUCGCCGAGAAGAAGUUUGAGCUGGACUUCCCCCCUUGCCGAGCACCUGUAGAACUCGUCUCCAUCAAAUCCGACGUGUACGCCGUAUCCAGGAACAUUGAGACGCCGGCUCUGGCCAAGAUGACCCCAAUGAUGCCCAACGCCAGGGACUCCAACGACGAGGUCGUUCUCAACGGCUCUGCCAUUGUAAAGAGCGAGCCGCAGGUAGUGUUCCCAAACCUGUGGACUCCGGCACCCAAGAUGUGUGCUGAGAGUACGGUGUUUGGACUGGGCAUGUGCAUGGAGUCCAAGCUACAGAGAGCCUAUUACCAGGAAGAGUACCCCCUCUAUUACUUCCUGGGGUACACGCACCUCGCCAUAAACAUCGUCCCAGUCCAGCCCAUCAAGCCCGUGGAGAAGAUCCACCUAGAGGUGAACGCUGGUCCCGGCAGACACCCCAUCAACGCCAGGCAGCUCCUCGAGACCCUAAGAAGGCUCUCCAAGGAGGCCCUGGAUCAUCUGGGGUCCGACUCGGGGUCCAGCAGCGCAGAGGCCCUCCCGCAGACGCCGCGUGAUAUCGUCACAGAGAUCUUGGAGGCGUCUCCGGAAGCGGUGUUCAACGUGCGUGCGCUGGCCAUGGGCGGCAUCAAGCCGGAGGGCUUCGACGCGUCCCUCUACUACACCCCCAGGGCACACCUGGAGGACGUGCAGCUCAUCGUGUCCCAGACGGGCGAGGCGGCCAACUGGAAGCUGUGCACCAACGCUGUGGUACAGAAGGCAAACUCCCUGGCCAAAGCCCACGUGAGAUGGGGGGCUGAAUGCCAGUCCUAUUCGAUGUCCAUGCAGGUGGGCACGUCCCACCAGCGCGGCACCAGGCCCGCUCUGAAGGCCACCCUGCACUGGGCCAAGGUCCCGGAGUACAUGGUGACCAUGGGCAAGAGUAUUGACCGAUACAUCCCAGGCGUGGCUCUGCUGCUGGCCUUCAAGGAGGAGCACCUCAGCAACCACAAACAGGAGAUGUCCGCAUCGGUGGUCGCAUCGUCCGCCGACAGCAUCGACGUCAGCGUGAGGUUCCCCAAGUACACAGUGUACCGCCAGGCGAUUUCCACUCCAUUCGCAGUGGCAAACUUCCAGGGGACUGAGGCUACUGGGAACACAACACAGAACCACGCAUAAGAAACGUCAGCCUCAUAACCUGCCUGCUUGAUCAAUGACAAGAAUCCAAUGAAACUGCAAUAGAAGACCCAAAUGUAUCAACAAUCAAGUUUGUAAAUAGAUUCAUGCAAACAACAAUUAUCCAAAUGUGCUUUCCCCCACGCCUUCUUUCCAGGAGGCUGGCAAGGCUGUCAUACAUUUCCGAUUUUUCACCUAAAGAAAUUAUUUGGAUGAAAUUAAAAUGCAGUGACGUAG